GGAGGAGUGGUAGCGCGACUGUUUCACUGUACAACACACAUAGCAUCGCGAAGCAGCAGCCAGCAAGUUUUAUUCGAGCGCCGCGAGAAAAGACCCGCCGAACUGGACUUGAGUUGCAGCUCUGGCAUCGUUUGACGGACAUUUUUGCAUAAAAAGUGCAAUCUUUGCAGUGGAUUUAGUGAAUCGUGCCGUGUCUGAUUGGAAUAAAAAAAGUGCCCAGUGAAAGUACAAAAUUUUCGCUCCAAGUGAUCGCAGAAAGUGUGAAAAUCGGUCCUCGUUUUCCGGGCCCAGAGCGCCUCGGAAUUUCCGUCUUGCGGGUGCGCUUUUCGCGGAUCGCCAUUUUGAACAUUCGGUUUUGUGUGUUCUUACUUUUUGGUUUCUGGUGGUGCGGUUUGAGAAAAUUAAGAACUAAAUUGAUAUUGGUCGGUAGCAUUGAAAGUGCUUUAAAUUCCAGUUAGGGACUAGUGCGUGACAGGCGUUUCCUCAGAAUGGCCCAUCAGAACAAACCGGUCAGCAUCGUGAUUCAGGAUCCGAAUGGUCAGCAACAAAUUCUACAGGUGAUGCAAACAGCGUCCACAACCGGCCGCCCAUUGACGUCGGCCAGUGUAAAGACGAUCGUAAAGGAAGUGACCGGUCAGGAAACGAAUGCAAUUAUAUCUGGACAGAGUUUUGCCACCCCUGUAAUGCCGAAAUUAGCACCCGGUCAGAAAAUCAUCACAGUGAACAAUCCCAAACUACACAUUGUGAACUCACCUGCAGCUAAAAGUGCCAACGGCAAGCCGCUGGUACGGUUGUCACAGCUGGGUGGUCAACUGAAGCUGAUUGCAGCUCCGGGACAAAUCAGUGGCACACCGAUCACGGGAAGAAACCUAACCGCCAUGCUAGCGCCUUCGACUUCGGUCGCUCCGUCGACCUCGGUGUCGGCCACGGUCGUAGCACCGGCCGCAUCCACGUCCACAUAUGUCAGCACAAAUGGUCAACAAAUGAUCAGUGAAGCGCCGGUCAACAGUCGACCGGCAGCAGCGACACGUGGUUCAAAAGGAUCUCAACAUGCCAACCAACAGCACCAGACACAGUACAACUACGGCAAGAAAGCCUCACCGGCUACCGCCGGUCCAAUUCACACGCCAGCAUCUCGACGGAGAAAGACCGACAAAAUUGGACGUGGUCUGCGGCACUUUUCAAUGAAGGUAUGCGAGAAAGUGAAGGAAAAGGGAACAACCUCGUACAAUGAGGUAGCGGAUGAGCUCGUUGCCGAGGAAACUCAGAGUCAUCCGGGAGUAGAUCCGGCUUCAUACGAUCAGAAAAACAUUCGCCGGCGAGUGUAUGACGCAUUGAACGUCCUGAUGGCCAUGAAUAUCAUUUCCAAGGAGAAGAAGGAGAUCCGCUGGCACGGGCUUCCCACUAGCAGUGUCCAAGAGUGCGACGAUUUGGAGAAGGAAAACGAAAAAACUCGAAAACGGAUCGAGUUGAAGCAGCAAGAACUGAAGGACCUUAUUCUACAGCAUGUGGCGUUCAAGUCGCUGGUUACUCGGAAUCAGGAGUACGAAGAGCGAGGUCUUGUGCCGAAUCCCAGCUCAGCCGUUCAGUUGCCAUUCAUCUUAGUGAAUACCGAUAAGAAAACUCACAUUGAUUGUAGUAUUACGAACGAUAAAUCGGAGUUUUCGUUCAAAUUCGACAACAGGUUCGAAAUUUACGAUGAUCUCCAAGUACUGAAGCGGAUGGGCUUACUACUAGGUCUAGAAAAAGGCAAGUGCACCGAUGAAGAUAUUUGCAAAAUCAAAUCGAUGGUUCCGGAAACCCUGGCAAAGUAUAUUGAUGUGUACGGUCUCGGCAUCGAAAACGACACGGAAGACUGGGAUAUGGCUUCCGCCUACACUGGUCAGGACUACGACGACAGCGUACAGGAUGCAACUGAUCUACUGUCCAGCUAUCAGGACAACACCAGUGAACUCAACGAGGACGAUCUGAACUCAGAUGAUGGUCAGGAUGGUUAGAUUUCCUCCGACGUGUCCACUCAUUCCAGCCUAUUAAAUCGGCUGGAUCAGCGGGUGGAAUGGUAUUGACACGACGGAAUGCAACCCGGAAUGGAGUAAAAUUCAGUUGUUAUUUUCUUUUCAUACACGUUCUUUUGACGAUCUGCUGGUAGGGUAUUCAAUUCGUACUCAAUAAAAUAGUAGUACGAAUGAAAACGCAAUUUUGCCCUAGAUUUAUCCGAGUGUGAGUAGGUGAAAGAAGACUUUUACGAUACGGUCGUUUGUGUUAUGCACACUUAAGUUAGAUUGCCGUGAACCAUGCUAGUAUAUGGUUCGUAACCGAGGAACCUAACUAAAGAGUAGCAUGGAAUUGAGAAGAGAACUAUGGUUAGGGCUAAGAUUAAAAGUUAAAUGAAGAAUGGAUUAUCGCUUUCCUUUUUGAUCUAUUGGGAUUCUCGACAGAAAGGUCCAUCAUAAACAAAAACUACUCUUAAGCCGUGUAUCAAUUACACAAUGAAAAGAAAAACAGAUUGUUAUAUUGUUAAUCAUAUAGGAUAAACACAACUACCCUUAGAAUGUACGGAUAUGAGCGAAAAUAAACUUUAUAUGCAACAAAGCGCAGGUGUUUGGUAGAAAGAAGUGCUAAAACCUUAGGUUACUGUUUAUUUUAAACAAUAACCGAGAAUAGCGAUAUACAAAAUAAUCAGAAACUUGGCUCUGGAAUGGCGAAAUAUAUUCUAAUCGUACACGAAGAAAGCAAGGAACUCUAGUUAAUUAUCAAUGCACCAGAGAGUACAGAAUGUAACCUUUUUCACCGGAUAACAUGUCGCAAAUAAUAUCAUUAAAAACAGUCGUUUGUUUUCUUUUUUUUAUCGUGCAAAGAAACAGAAUAAAGGUCAACAGUUACAACUACAAGGCAUCCCAUUAAGCAACAUGGGCACACACCUCAGACUUUUAUUUCAAACAAGUAAUGUAGUAGUAAACCAGAACAAGAUUUUUGCAGCAUCAUACAUUAUGUAGCUACGUAAGUAACACAAACAAAAAAAUAGCAUAUAAGGUUUAUAUAUACAAGUCGUGUCAUAUUUUUCUAGAACAUGUUAUUUUCUGUUGUUCUCUGUGAGCUUGUUUUUAGCUUAGUGCUUCCUUCAUCCCAUAAUUUAAACGAAAAAAGACACUUUCUGUCUUAUAAUUUCCCUAUGUAAGAUGGACGUUUCAUAGGAAACCUAUAAAAUAAUAGAAUGCCUCUCAUGGUGUUUGAUUGCCCAGAGACGAAUUGAAAUUCUUUUCUAACCCCAUGCUGUUUGCGCUAUUUUUAAUCACCCUUUCAGAUAUUCUCCUGGCCAACAGUGAAGCAAAACGAAAUGGGCGGAAUGUUCUGCUCAAGCCCUACCCCCAUUUAUGAUUUUUUCACUGUUACAAAAUGCUUUCUCCAGUAAUUUUUAACGCAAUCCGCGUCGUACCUAACACUGCACAACUGUUUCGUUAUCGCAUCCUUCCGAUGAACGAGUUACAGAUCUAAAUAGAGUUAAUCGAACUUUAUUUUUAAGUUCUUCUGGAGGUCAGGCAAUACGUCGAUUUAGCACUAAAAGGUCUAGGAGUAAAACAAAACAGAAAAGAAACAAAUACUAUUGCAUGAGAUUGUACAGAUUUAUUGGGCUUAACUGUAACAAAAUCUAGAACUUAUACAGGACUAUUAAGACGCUGACAAUGGGAGUUGAUGAUGAUGAUAAUGAUAUGAGCGGCAGAAGAAACCAGAGCGAAUGUAAACACUAUUCCGUAUGGCCUUUAUGGCACAAAUUCACACUUUUUAGAAGUGAGCAUUUCUUAUACUAAACGAAACAAAUCAGCUCUAAGUAAACCACUUGCUUUAGGUUAUCGAUCUUACGUUUGCCAACUCAAUUGAAUAAAAAAAUACAAACUCAAAGUAAAAUGUUAAAAAAUAGUUCACUCGGAACCGAGUGUUUCUAUAUGACUUCAUUUCACUUGGAAGAACAUUGGAUUUAUUUUGUUCUUGUUUAUAAGUUUAUAUAUUUUACGUUCGAGUUUUUUUAGAUAUAUCAGAUUCUAGAAAUAAAACAAUAAAAGCAUGGAACAUUAAGGUCGAAAAUGAAAAAAAAAACUGUAUUACUACAAUACCGUUCCAUGCCAUAGUUUUGCUUUUUCUUUGAAGAAAAGAAAAACAAAGUGUAAAAUAUAAUUCUAUGGACAAUGCUACACUUUAACGUUAAAUUUAAACAUUAUUUUAUGUUAAGCAAAAUUUUAUGUUUGUUUUUUUUUGAAACCCUAUUAAUGAUAAAUUUUGA